AUGAAGGCUACAACCACCAUCCUUCUUCUGCAGUAUGUUGCUGCUUGCACGGGAUUCACGAUGCCAGAGCAAUUGCCCAAUGGUGUAUACAGUGUCCAUGUCAACGACCAAGGUCUUGAAGUCUAUGAAGGACUCACAGUUGACCACUCUACCACCGUGACUCCGAAAGCACCUUCAUCUGAGCUGGAAGCUCGUCAAUGGAAAGAUGAGGGUGGAUGGGACCGAAUCGAGUUCAUGGAUAACCUAUUGGCUGCAUAUUUUAGUCUUUCCAUGAACCAUGGAAAUUGCGAUACAGCAGUCGACAUGCUUAAAGCACAGUUUCGUGACUCCGACGGCGGCGUGGGUGAGGUUACCCAAGCUUGGUAUUCCAUUUGGGGUGAUGUGGUUGCAUUCUGCUGUACCGACGGUCAGUAUCCGAUGACUGCCACUAAUUAUGCCGGUCUUCUUGAGCGUAUCACCGAUCGAUGUGGCUGGUAUGUACCAGGAACUUUGGUACCAUCUUCCAUCGGGUUUGAUACGAUUGGUUGUGGCUAUAUGAACUAUUCUCCUGGCCUCGACUUCUGUGGCGCUUCAGACACCGGAAGAUUCAUGGGUGAUAAGGGACGUUGCUGA